UCUCUCCACUGCUCCUUGUGAACCUCAACUUCUCUUCUUCGACCUUUGCUCUCUCCUUAAAGACAUCGCAAAGGCUUUCGACUACCUACUUGUUAUAAUAACUUGAACUCUUCAUCCACUCUGCUACUCAACACCAUCUCGACUCACACAUACAACUGUGACUCUUCCCCCACCACCACCACUACUCUUUUCUUCUAUACCAACAACCAUCACAAUGGCCCUCGACAUGUGGACCCACGAAUUCUGCCUCUCCUGCGACCGACAAGUCCAGAUCGACGGCGAGGCCUACUGCUCUGAAGCCUGCAAGAUGGCCGACUUCGAAAAGACUCCCUCUACACCCAGCUCGCGAGCCAGCUCUCCUGGUUUCUCUCCCGUCUCUUCUCUGUCCAGCCGACCUGCUCCCGCCAAGUUCUACCUGUCGCCUGCCUACGACUUCAACCAGGCACGACGCUACGGCUCAACACCCCAGGCAUCCUCCUCCUUCGGCAGCUACAGCUCGGAGACGUCGCCUCUGUCCGCACGAAGCCUCACUCCCUCGAGCUCACACAGCAGCCUCUGCUCUAUGCAGAGCGUAUCAUCUACUGCCGAAGCCAGCCAACUGUCAGACAAGGCACGCAUGGAACUGCGAGCAUACGCUGUUUCAUUCGAGCAGGUCAGACUGCAACGCAGGCGAUCAUACUAAAUACCUAACAACACUCACACACAUAUACCCAAACACAAAACACUCACCACCACUCGGCCAUGUGCCACACACACCAAUCCACCAUCACGCAACUCAAUCAUAUAUAAACACAACAUGAAAUGACACGAAACCAACCUUGCUAUUACUAUAUUGCUCUUCUUGUUUAACAAACACUUUUUUAUUUUCUUGGGUUGUUUCCUUCAGCUGUAUCAAGACGGACAUUACAUGGAGCACCGCAUACCCCAAAAAGCACUUUUUUUU